CAAAUGUUAAACCGGUUAAACAUUUCAAACAAACAUUCCUUAGCAUUCAUGUACAAACAUGGCGGACACUAGCUCACUGUUAACUGUUGGUGGCGACCGAACAACGGGCCAGUCUGUGAGAACACAGAAUGUUAUGGCAGCAGCGACAAUUGCCAACAUAGUGAAAAGCAGCCUUGGACCCGUGGGCCUUGAUAAAAUGUUGGUCGACGAUGUUGGGGAUAUUACAAUCACAAACGACGGUGCGACCAUUCUCAAGCUACUAGACGUUGAGCACCCAGCUGCCAAGGUUCUCGUAGAGUUGGCUGAUCUACAGGAUCAGGAAGUCGGAGAUGGCACAACCUCUGUUGUCAUAAUUGCUGCUGAGCUGUUGAAGAACGCUGACGAGCUUGUUAAACAGAAAAUCCACCCCACAUCAAUCAUCAGUGGUUACAGACUGGCCUGCAAGGAGGCUUGUCGCUACAUUCAGGAACACCUGACCUGCAGCGUCGAGGAGCUAGGGAAGGAAUGUAUCAUCAACGCCGCCAAAACCAGCAUGUCCAGCAAGAUCAUUGGACCUCAGUCGGACUUUUUUUCCAACAUGGUGGUUGACGCAGCUAUGGCCAUUAGGCAGUCUGACGGUAAAGGUGGUUACCGCUACCCAAUCAAGGCUGUCAAUAUCCUGAAGGCUCAUGGGAAAAGCUCAAGUGAAAGCACCUUGGUGCCAGGCUACGCUCUCAACUGCACAGUGGCUUCACAAGCUCUACCAAAGCGUAUAGUAGGAGCCAAGAUCGCGUGUUUGGACUUCAGCCUGCAGAAGACGAAGAUGAAAAUGGGGGUUCAGAUUCUCAUUCAAGAAGCAGGCGAGCUAGAAAAAAUGCGACAGAGGGAGUCUGACAUCACAAAAGAGCGUAUUGAGAAGAUAAUGGCUACAGGAGCCAACGUUGUCCUGACCACCGGCGGUAUUGAUGACCUCUGUCUCAAAUAUUUUGUGGAGGCCGGCGCUAUGGCUGUACGCAGAUGCAAGAAAAUAGAUCUGAAGAGAAUCGCCAAGGCUACAGGAGCUGUGUUUGUAACAACGCUGGCUAACCUGGAAGGGGAGGAGACCUAUGAGCAGUCAUACCUCGGUCACGCUGAGGAGGUCGUACAGGAGCGCAUCUGUGAUGACGAACUUAUCCUCAUUAAGGGCACCAAGGCCAGAUCAGCUGCUAGCAUAAUCCUACGUGGAGCCAACGACUUCUACUGUGAUGAGAUGGAACGAUCUGUCCACGACUCCCUGUGCGUGGUUCGUCGUGUUCUCGAGUCAAAAUCUGUAGUGCCCGGCGGAGGGGCUGUGGAGGCUGCAUUGUCCAUAUACCUGGAGAACUACGCCACUUCUCUCGGAUCAAGAGAGCAGUUGGCCAUUGCCGAGUUUGCCCGAUCUCUGUUGGUGAUCCCCAAGCAGCUCGCCGUGAAUGCUGCCCAGGACUCCACCGAUCUUGUAGCGAAACUGCGCGCCUACCAUAACUUGUCUCAGGUUAAAGAGGACCAGAGAGACCUUCGAUGGGUUGGGUUGGACCUCCACAAGGGGGUUGUACGUGACAACAGACGCGCAGGUGUCCUUGAGCCGGCCAUCUCCAAGAUAAAGUCCCUCAAGUUUGCCACAGAGGCGGCCAUUACCAUUCUUCGUAUUGACGACAUGAUCAAGCUGGUACAGGAACAGAAGGGGGGAAGUGCGUACGAGCAGGCACUCAGAUCGGGCCAGCUUUAAAUGACUUUUAUACAGAAAAAUAUAGUGAAUUCUUUGAAUUACUUAAGGUCCAUGUUGUAAGCUAUUGUCUGCCUUCGUAGCUGUUCACAAUUUGCCAUUAACCUAUUGGAAUACUCACACAAUGUGGCUUGUUUUAACAGAUUUAAAAUUGUGAACUUUAAAGAAAGAACUUUCACAGCAUUUGUGUAAUAAGACUUGUAGUUUUGAUAACAACAACUUUUUUCAACUCAACAUUGAUUAUAAUUAUGCAACAUCUGUGAUGAAAAAAAAAAUGUUUAGUUACAAGAGAUAUAGUAGUUAUGCUUGUUAAUAAUGGUUCCUAUGGUUAUUAAGAACUUUCAGAGGAAUGAGUUAUGUUUGAAAUGAACAAAGAAUAAUAAGUAUGUGUUCUAAAUAAGAGCUUGUGCUUUUCUAUUUUAUGAACAUAUUUUCUUUACAUUUUGUGUGCUAUUUAUUUCAUGAAGUCUAUCCAUACAUUUGUAACAUUGUGAUGUUUUCUAGCAAAUAAAUUUAAUAAGAAAAUA